UGCUCAUGGACCUGCGGAAGUCCAACGGAGCUGUGUGACAUAAACUUCCUUGAGAUGUGGGCAUGGCCUAGCAUGUUUCGAGCUCGAAACCUUGGACGCGGCUUCAGUGUUAUUGACCACGGGCUCAGAUUCCGUCUAUUUGGGAUCGGCGAGCUUCUACCGAUACAUCAAAUGGUCCUCCCAUGGGAUGAAAACGACAUGAUUUUGUGGAAUCACCGAAGCGAUAUCAGGAAGCCCCUUGGAUUCCGAAUCUUUUCUCCUCGAGGAGUGAAUUUCCGAGACAAAAGAUGCUGGCAGCUCGUGAGUCGAAUUCUCGAGAUCGAGUUGAUCAAAAAUAACUUGUAUAUCUUCGUGCGUGCAAUGUAUAAGCCACAGCUUACUAUGUACGCACAGCCGGUGUUGGUCGAAGCUAUUUCUGCCCUGCGAUGCUGGAUUGGCUCGACUUUGUUUACAGUUUACUUUCAAGCCUCCGUCGCAACCCUCCGUACAUACACAUAUAAUCUGCCGACGAUCACAGGUUACUUUCCAAACCAGUGA